ACCCCGUCCCCCCCAUGGACAUGCUGGACCCGGGUCUGGAUCCCGCUACCUCGGCCACAGCUGCUGCUGCUGCCGCCGCCGCCGCUGCCAGUCACGACAAGGGACCCGAGGCCGAGGAGGGCGUCGAGCUGCAGGAAGGCGGGGACGGCCCCGGAGCCGAGGAGCAGACGGCCGUGGCCAUCGCUAGUGUCCAGCAGGCGGCGUUCGGCGAUCACAACAUCCAGUACCAGUUCCGCACAGAGAAUAAUGGAGGGCAGGUGACAUACCGUGUAGUCCAGGUGACCGACGGUCAGCUGGACGGCCAGGGUGACACGGCGGGCGCUGUGAGCGUCGUGUCCACCGCCGCCUUCGCCGGGGGGCAGCAGGCUGUGACCCAGGUGGGUGUGGAUGGGGCGGCCCAGCGCCCCGGCCCCGCUGCCGCCUCUGUGCCCCCAGGCCCCGCAGCACCCUUCCCACUGGCCGUCAUACAGAACCCCUUCAGCAAUGGCGGCAGCCCGGCGGCCGAAGCUGUCAGCGGGGAGGCGCGGUUUGCCUAUUUCCCGGCGUCCAGCGUGGGCGACACCACUGCUGUGUCUGUGCAGACCACAGACCAGAGCUUGCAGGCUGGAGCAGGCCAGUUCUAUGUCAUGAUGACGCCCCAGGAUGUGCUUCAGACAGGAACACAGAGGACGAUUGCACCCCGGACACAUCCCUACUCCCCGAAAAUAGAUGGAACCAGGACGCCCCGAGAUGAGAGGAGGAGAGCUCAGCACAAUGAAGUGGAGCGGCGGCGGAGGGACAAGAUCAACAACUGGAUCGUCCAGCUUUCAAAAAUCAUUCCAGACUGUAACGCAGACAACAGCAAGACGGGAGCGGCCCUGGUGCACCCGCAGAGUAAAGGAGGGAUCCUGUCCAAGGCCUGUGACUACAUCCGGGAGCUGCGCCAGACCAACCAGCGCAUGCAAGAGACCUUCAAGGAGGCCGAACGGCUGCAAAUGGACAACGAGCUCCUCAGGCAGCAGAUCGAGGAGCUGAAAAACGAGAACGCCGUGCUCCGAGCCCAGCUGCAGCAGCACAACCUGGAACUGGUGGGCGAGAGCACCCGGCAGUGACAACCGCCCCCCCCCAUGCCCCCGCCCCGCCCCCAGCCCUUAGCACAGAGAGGGGCGCAUGCCCCUCCCCCAGCUGCGUUUUUUUAUAGUAGAUUUUUAACGAAAACAAACCGGGGAGACAAAAUGCAUUUCUGCGAAUACGCGCCCAUUGCUCUCCUUGAUUUGGAAAUGAUCCCCUGCCCUCCCCUGUCUGUCUGUCAGUCUCUAUUCCCAGCCCCCACGAAUGUUCUGCCCUGGAGGCCAACGGUGGAGCCAGGAGGGCCCACCACUGUCUCCAGUGGGACGGAGACAAGAUGGGGUGCUCAUGGGAAGAGGAGGGAGGCUGGAUACGCCGGGGCCUGACCGAGCAGGGCGGCCGAGCCCCACCCUGCCCCCCUCUUGUUUCUGGUCCCUGCUCCUACUGGGUGUAUGUGUGUUAAUUUUCUUUAUGGAACAAUGGAAAAAAAAAACGAGAGAGAGAGAGAGAGAGAGAGAGAGAGAGAGAGAGAGAGAGAGAGAGAGAGAGAGAGGUAUUUAACUGCAAUAAACUGGCCCUGUGUGGCCCCGCCUUGUC